CUGAAGUGUGUAUGUCUUUUGUGUGACUCUUCAAACUUUACCUGCCAAACUGAAGGAGCAUGUUGGGCUUCAGUUAUGCUAACCAAUGGAAAAGAACAGGUGAUCAAGUCCUGUGUGUCUCUCCCAGAAUUAAAUGCUCAAGUCUUCUGUCAUAGUUCCAACAAUGUUACCAGAACUGAAUGCUGCUUCACAGAUUUCUGCAACAACAUAACACUGCACCUUCCAACAGCGUCACCAAAUGCCCCAAAACUUGGACCCAUGGAGCUGACCACUGUCAUUACUGUGCCAGUCUGCCUGUUGUCUGUAGCUGCAGCGCUGACCAUUUGGGCGUGCCAAGGUCGGCAGUGCGCACGCAAGAAGAAAAAGAGACAGAACGUGGAGGAGGCCCUCUCUGAAUGCAAUCUGGUAAACGCUGGAAAAACUCUGAAAGAUCUGAUAUAUGAUGUGACCGCCUCUGGAUCCGGAUCUGGUUUACCUCUGUUGGUUCAAAGAACAAUUGCCAGGACGAUCGUACUUCAGGAAAUAGUAGGAAAAGGUAGAUUUGGUGAGGUCUGGCAUGGAAGAUGGUGUGGGGAAGAUGUGGCUGUGAAAAUAUUCUCCUCCAGAGAUGAAAGAUCAUGGUUUCGUGAGGCAGAAAUUUAUCAGACGGUUAUGCUGAGACACGAAAACAUCCUUGGUUUCAUUGCUGCUGACAACAAAGAUAAUGGAACUUGGACUCAACUUUGGCUUGUCUUGGAAUAUCAUGAACAGGGCUCCUUAUAUGACUAUUUGAAUAGAAACAUAGUGACAGUCUCUGGGAUGAUCAAACUGGCACUUUCAAUAGCUAGUGGUCUGGCCCACCUUCAUAUGGAGAUUGUUGGUACACAAGGUAAACCUGCCAUUGCUCAUCGAGAUAUAAAAUCAAAGAAUAUCUUAGUGAAAAAAUGUGAAACUUGUGCCAUAGCAGACUUAGGAUUGGCUGUGAAGCACGAUUCAGUACUGAACACUAUUGACAUACCUCAGAAUCCUAAAGUGGGAACCAAAAGGUAUAUGGCCCCUGAAAUGCUUGAUGAUACAAUGAAUAUGAAUAUCUUUGAGUCCUUCAAACGAGCUGACAUCUAUUCUGUUGGUCUGGUUUACUGGGAAAUAGCUCGGAGGUGUUCAGUUGGAGGAAUUGUUGAGGAGUACCAGUUGCCUUAUUAUGACAUGGUGCCUUCAGAUCCCUCAAUAGAGGAAAUGAGGAAGGUUGUUUGUGACCAGAAGUUUCGACCAAGUAUCCCAAACCAGUGGCAAAGCUGUGAAGCACUCCGAGUCAUGGGGAGAAUAAUGCGCGAGUGCUGGUAUGCCAAUGGGGCAGCCCGCCUCACUGCUCUUCGUAUAAAGAAGACUAUUUCUCAACUUUGUGUCAAAGAAGACUGCAAAGCCUAA